UUCGACGUUUGACUCGAUACAGUUUUCCUCAUAUCUUGCGCCUUACAGAAAUAGUAGUAAUUCAGUGUUGUAGUGAUACUUCCAGAAAUUUCUGCACAAAAAUUAGCAACAACAUAUUGAUUUGAAAGCACACUCAGCAGUUCAUCAAUCAAGGGCACCAUUAUAUUAUUUAUCGUGAGUCUUCCUCUUAAAAAAUACGCUCAAAAAUGGUGCUUUCGCUGGAUCGAUGGGUCGGAAAAGUGACAGGUGCGAGUUCUGGAAUAGGCGCAGCCAUUGCAGAGUUCCUCGUGGACAAAGGAUUAAUAGUCGCUGGUUUAGCUCGUCGCUCCGACCUCGUAGAGAAAAAAGCCAAAGAGCUUUCUGGUAAAACAGGAAAACUGUAUGCUAUUAAAACUGACCUCGCAAAAGAAGAAGAUAUUCUGAAUGCGUUGAAGUGGAUUGAAGAAAAUUUGGGCCACGUUCAUAUCCUUAUCAACAAUGCUGGUCUUUUUAAAGACAAUCUGUUGAGAAAUGGAGAUUCAGCGCUCUGGAAACAAAUUUUCGAUGUAAAUGUUCUGGGGUUGUGCAUUGCAACUCGAGAGGCUGUUAAGAUAAUGUCUGGUCAUAACAUCAACGGCCAUAUUAUUCAUAUCAACAGCGUAGUGGGUCAUAAAGUGCUGCCUUUUCCAGGGAGUAAUGUUUAUCCUGCGAGUAAACACGCAGUGACUGCUCUGACUGAGACUCUGAGGCAUGAACUGAACGCUGUGGAUUCUAAAAUUAAAACAACUAGUAUUAGUCCUGGGUUAACCGAUAGUGAAAUGACAACUUUAAACACUGAGCUUAGUCAAGAGCGCCAAAAUUUAUUUAAAUCUUUGCCAGCACUAAAGGGAGUAGAUGUUGCGGAAGCUGUAGGAUAUGUGUUAUCCACUUCUGAAAAUGUUCAGAUUAAUGAAUUGACCAUGACACCAGUUGGAGAGUAGUUUUCAAAUCACAUGCACUACCUGUAUUCCAAUCCAAGUAUAUGGAUGUAGUUUUGAAAAAAUAAAAAGUUUCUAAAUAAAGUACAUUUAAAAUGACAA